GCCCUCAUGCAUGUAGUAAUGACCAUUGUUUCUUUCACCAGAGCAAAUGAAACUGCCUGCGUUCUGCAAGGACAGCCUGUCUACCCUCAGCUAUGGAAAGAUGGGGACACCAUACUUGGAGGGGUUUUCUCCUUCCACAGUAGCUGGGAGGUCAGACAAAUAACAUAUUUAACUACACCACCUCCACUGAAGUGCAUCAGUCUUAAUUACAGAGAUUUCCAGUAUGCACAGUCAAUGCUCUACGCUAUAGAGGAAAUUAACAACAGCUCUACUUUGCUGCCGGGGGUCAAGUUGGGCUACAGGGUCUAUGACACAUGCGGCUCGAUGGCAAUGGCUGUUCGAGUGACUAUGGCUCUUGCUAAUGGGCAUGAGAACACAACCUCUAAUGGGUCUUGCACAAAGCAAGGCUAUGUGCAAGCUGUACUUGGAGACACAACAUCCUCAGCAUGCAUGGCAAUGGCAAAAAGUAUUGGACCAUUUAGGCUUCCAAUGGUACUAAUUUUUUUAUUUUUACUAUCAUCUUGUUUCUAUGUUACUUUUUAUAUAAAAUAUCCUUCAUUUCUGAGAACAAUAACAAGUGAUUAUUAUCAAAGCAGAGCAUUGGCAGAACUGGUCAGACACUUUGGCUGGACCUGGGUGGGCGCCAUUAGAACAGAUGAUGAUUAUGGCAAUACUGGAAUGGCCACUUUCACUAAAGUAGCUGAGCAGAUGGGCAUUUGUCUGGAAUAUUCCCUCCCGUUUUUCAGAACGUACCCGGAAGAUAAAGUACUGCGAAUAAUUGAGCAGAUUAAAAGCUCUACUUCUCGAGUGAUUGUGGGAUUUCUUGUACACUGGGACUUGGAGGUCCUGUUACAUAAAUUUGUUGAACACAAUAUCACAGGACUUCAGUGGGUGGGCACAGAAGGCUGGAUCUCAGAUUCAGUCAUUGCCAGUAUGGAUAAACACCAUAUUUUGCAGGGGGCUGUUGGGCUGACUAUACCUAAAAAUGAAGUAACAGGUCUAAAAGAUUUCAUAUUAGAUAUAAAACCACUGAAGUCAUCGGGAAGUGCCAUUUUCACUGAGCUCUGGGAAGAUUUGUUUCAGUGUAAAUAUUCCAAUAAGAAUGAUUCAACAUUCACGACUGAAUGUACAGGCGAGGAGGAACAGUCUGACAUGCCAAACACAUUUACAGACAUGUCACUCAUGCCCAUCUUCAGUAAUGUGUAUAAAGGAGUUUACGCUGUUGCUCAUGCACUUCAUGACCUUCUGGGCUGCACAGACAAAUGUGCAUCAAAGAAACAGACUGAUCCCUCAACAUUUCUGAGGAACCUGAGAAAAGUCAGUUUCAAAACCAAAGAUGGCGAGGAGGUUUACUUUGAUGAAAAUGGAGAGGCAGUGGCAAAAUAUGAGAUAAUAAAUUGGCAACCAAGUCAAAUAAAACAUGAUGUAUUUGUUUCCGUUGGACUUUAUGAUGCAUCUCUUCCUGUGAAAGAUCGCUUGUCAGUGAACAUUGCUUCAAUUAUAUGGGCAAAUAAUAAGACAAAGGUGCCUGUGUCUGUGUGCAGUGAGAGUUGUCCUCCAGGCACUAGAAAGGCUGUACAGAAAGGAAGACCUGUCUGCUGUUAUGACUGCAUACCAUGUACGGAAGGUGAAAUUACUAACAUGACAGAUUCUGUGACAUGUCUGCGGUGCAAUGAAGACUUCUGGUCAAAUCUGAAAAAUGAUGGAUGUGUUAAGAAAGAGACUGAAUAUUUAUCAUAUGAGGAGAUCAUGGGAAUUUUGCUCACAACAAUUUCUAUUGUUGGUGCAUUUAUAACAGUGUUAGUUGCAGUCAUAUUCUUUAGAUAUAAAAACACUCCAAUAGUAAAAGCCAACAACUCAGAACUGAGCUUCCUGCUCCUGUUUUCACUAAUGCUGUGUUUUCUCUGUUCACUUACUUUCAUUGGUCGCCCCACUGAGUGGUCCUGUAUGUUACGUCACACAGCGUUUGGGAUCACUUUUGUACUCUGUAUCUCUUGUGUUCUGGGUAAAACAUUAGUUGUGUUAAUGGCAUUCAAGGCCACACUUCCAGGAAGUAAUGUCAUGAAAUGGUUUGGGCCUGUACAACAGAGACUCAGUGUUCUUGGAUUCACACUAAUACAAGUGCUUAUUUGUAUACUUUGGCUGACAACCUCUCCUCCUUUUCCUUUUAAAAAUAUAAAUUACUUCAAAGAAAGGAUAAUUUUAGAGUGUAAUGUGGGCUCAGCUCUUGGCUUCUGGGCUGUUUUGGGUUAUGUAGGAUUUCUUGCUCUUUGGUGCUUUAUUCUGGCUUUUCUAGCUCGGAAGCUGCCUGAUAAAUUCAAUGAAGCUAAAUUCAUCACAUUCAGUAUGCUCAUAUUCUGUGCUGUGUGGAUCGCUUUUAUUCCAGCUUAUGUCAGUUCUCCUGGAAAGUUUACAGUAGCUGUGGAGAUAUUUGCUAUUUUAGCCUCUAGUUUUGGCUUGCUGUUCUGCAUCUUUCUCCCAAAAUGUUAUUUGAUUUUACUCAAACCAGAAAAGAAUUCUAAGAGGCACAUGAUGGGCAAGUAA